GCUUAAACGGUAAUGAUAUUCGGCAGUCGGAAAAAAAAAUAUUGGAGUGGGUUAAAUACCAUCGACAUCUGACAGAAUGUAUAUAUAUAUAUUUCCUAUUAUGGAUUACUUUCCAAGUUUCGCACUCGAAACCCUUACAACCUAAGGCAAUUGAAGAAGCAGCGGCUCGCUUAUUCAAUUUUUGCAUAACACACGAUCCUUCCAUAGUAUUACAUUCUGACAAUAGCGGCGAGUUCGUUGCAAAUGUCAUUAAAGAGACGCUAAGUCUCUGA